UCGAUCGCGGAGGAAGAUGUGCGAGGCUUGGCGGGCUCCAGGCGCCAGGGCGGGCUCCAGAAUCCAUGGCAGGCUCCAGGGCCCCAUCGAAGUUAUGGGCUGCCCCUCUUUCGCAUCCUUCGCCAGGUGCGGUGCCCACUCUUUCCUUUCAUGAACAUGAGGUGGUAUCGCGAAGUGCACUAGUAGGAGAGCGCUCCAAGGGCCAGAGCCAAGGUGGAGCAUCUUGGCGGAGGGCAGGAGUCGGAACACACGCGUCUGAACUCCCCUGCCCAGCAUGAACCUUUCACCUUAUGGAUGGCUGCAAUCUCCGGUCAGCACGGCAACCGGGUUUUUGGACGAAGAAGGGGCCUCGAACCCCCGGCGUCCGAACUGCGCUAUUUGGUCGUCGUCCUCGCAGGCCGCGUGGCAGCCUGCCAUCCCGCUACCCCGUCGGCAGUUUUCUUGCCCCCGGCAGCCGCGUGGCUGCGAGGUUAAAGUCUCCAGGUGCCGCCCGCCCGGCCGAGAUGCAUCACAUCAUGCGCGCCGGCGUGAGCCUCGGCUGUCUCGCGGCCACCGCGGCGGCGGCCAGCACCUCCCCGUGCAGCAGCUGCAGCAAGAACAUCUCCCGCGAUGUCGCCAUCAUCGGCGGCGGUGCGUCGGGCGCUCAUGCCGCCGUAUGGUUGCGCGAUGCUGGCCACAGCGUCGUCGUCGUCGAGAAGGCCAGCCAGCUCGGCGGCCACACCAACUACUACGUAGACCCGGCCACGGGCAAGGUGAUCAACGUGGGCGUGCAGGCCUGGAUGGAGUACAAGGACGCGUUCGCGUUCCCGGCGCGCAUGAACGUGUCGACUAGCGGGUCCAUGGCGUUCACCCCGAACGCCAACCAGUACAUCGACUACAAGACGGGCAAGCCAGUCGCCAACUACACGGCGCCCGCGAGCGCCGACAUGUACGCGGCGCUGCAGCGGUACCUGGACGUGCUCGAGAAGUACGAGGACAUGGUGCUGCCGGGCUUCUUCAACUUCCCCGAGCCGGACGCCAUCCCCGAGGACCUGCUGAUGAACUUCGGCGACUUCGCCGACAAGUACAACCUGUCGGCCGCCGUGCCGCAGAUCUGGGACUCGACCGCGCAGGGCCUCGCCGACACCAUGCACGUCCCGACGCUGUUUGUGAUGCAGGCGUCGGGCAUCCCCAUGGUCAAGGCGCUGCUGGGCACCGGCGCGGCCGCCGUGCCGGCGUCGGGCCGCCUGUACGACCUGUACGAGAGCGUCGCCAACUUCCUGGGCGACGACGUGCUGUACUCGAGCACCGUCGUCUCGGCCACGCGCCGCGACGGCAACAACAGCCAGGCCAUCUCGCUGCGCGUCCAGGGCGCCGACGGCAAGGUGACGUGCAUCAACGCCAAGCGGCUGCUCAUCGCCAUCGAGCCGACGGACGACAACAUGGCGCCGUUCUCGCUCGACCGCACCGAGAGCACCGUGCUCGGCCGGUUCCAGUACUCGACCGUCUACGCGGGCAUCCUGCGCCACCCGUCGCUGCAGACACUCAACGCCUACUCGAACCGGUCGCCGGCGCCCGGGUCGUACAACUACACCGUGUUCCCCGUCGCGCCGCAGGUCGGGCGCAUCGACUACCUCGGCGGCACCGUGGACCUGUUCGAGUUCACCGCCGUCGGCACUGAGGACUACACGGCCGCCGAGAUGCAGGCGCUGAUCGGGCAGUCCAUCGACACCAUGAUCGAGGCCGGCACGCUGCCGCAGUCCAACGGCAGCCUCAGCUUCUCCAUCUUCGCCAACCACGCGCGCAUGCACGCCCGCGUCACGGCUGACCAGCUGCGCGCUGGCUUCAUCCAGGACCUGUACUCCCUGCAGGGCCGCCACAACACGUGGUACACGGGCGCCGCCUUCUCGGCCGGCUUCUCGACCGUCCUGUGGGAGUUCAACAAGGUGCUGCUGCCUAAGGUGAUCGCGGGCCUGUGAGGGGCGCGGGGCCACUGCCUGUUCUCUAGCUUCGUGCGUGCCGUCGGCGGCAGCACAAUGUCUAUAGAUCUUUGCUUCUUCUAGUUUGCUAUCCGUUCCAUGUCCAACUUAGACU